AAUGGCAUUGGCACUUCGCACUUUGCUGUUGUUGAUUACAGCGUCAAUGUAGGAUAUUGUGUACGACCAUAAUAUACUGCAUUAUUUUAUUAUCAUGAUUCGUACCCCGUCGUUGGCCUGCUUGUCCACGAAGCCAUGGAAAUAUUGAUGAAAACAUUGAAAACCAUAACGAGCAUAAUAAUAUUUUGUUCCGCUGGACGGGCGCCGGAGGGUUUGUCGUCUGCCAAUUAUUGCUGUAAUCGCUGAUUUAAUGUGCUUAUAAUUAUAAGUAAUUAGAUAGAUAGUAUAAUUGUACAGUUUUAUUGCAUUGUUAUUUAUUCCAAACGUCGGACGGAUAAUAUUAUUUUUUUAACGCCGUAUUAGCGUAAUCCGAAUAGAAGAAAGGAAAGCGUUUGAAUAUUUCACUGGAGAUCUCCAUGUAUGUGCGUUUUAUUCCGCGUCAAACAUUGUGAAUGCAAUCAUAAAAUAUUUCGUAACAUAAUUGCUAACGAAAAUUUUCGCAUUUAAACUAUUAACUCUUCAGCAGAUGAUUUCCUCGCCUUGCAAAAGUGUAUAUUACCGUUAAAACAGUUUUCAUAUUUGGAUAGAUAUUCAGAAUCAUCAAGGUUCUAGAAAUGGAUGCGUGCUUAGCCGUUGAUCGUGAGGUCGACAAAGUAAUAUCACGGUUUAAAGAUAUGAGUAAAAGCUAUAAUGUUGUAUUGCAGCAAUUGAUUGAUAGUCUGGAAGUAAUACAAAAUGAUUGGCGAACAAAUGCUAUUAAAGACGAAAAUAAAGAGUCAUCAAUUAAUGAUGUAUCAAAUUUGAUUUAUAAAUCAAAAGAAAAAACACAACAAUUAGCUAUUGAACACCGAGAACUACAUAGUACUGUAUCAAAAGUGGGAAAAGCAAUUGACAGAAAUUUUGUAUCAGAUUUUGAUGCAACUUGUAAAGAGGAUAUUUUUAAUGAUCCAAAAAAUGUUACAUUUCUUAACUAUAUUAUUUGUCAACAUUUUUAUAGACAAGGCAACUUGGAUAUUGCUGAUGAACUUGUAAUGGAAUCUGGAAUUGUUAUUGAACCUAGCAUUAGAGAACCAUUUGCCAAGUUGAAACACAUUAAAGAGUCAUUAAUCAAAAAAAAUAUUUACCCAGCUUUAGAAUGGGCAAAAGAAAAUCGUGCAGUGUUAGAUACUCAGAUGUAUCCUCCAUACCCACUGGUUAAAAGGAUUUCAUCGGCUUCAAAUUUGCCUAUUCGUAUUCCAUAUCAUGCAAAAAGAACCAAAUUUUCUGGUGGCAUAAUGAAACCAAGGCCUAAGACAAAAAAAAUCAAGAGAAUGGAAUUAGCGAAGAAAAUAUUGCAACAAUUUUAUAAGAGUUCUGCUCUAGAGUUUAAGCUUCAUCAACUUGCGUUUUUAUCAAUUAUUCAAAAGGGUGUUGAACAUCAAACUGAAGCUGUUGCAUAUGCCCGAGCUAAUUUUAGUCAAUUUGUUGACAGAUAUGAAAAAGAAAUUCAAACUAUGAUGGGUAUGCUAUUGUUUAUCCCACAAGGAAUCAAUAAAUCACCAUACUCUGAUAUGGUUCAAGAAAAUAUGUGGGACGAAGUUAUUGAAUUAUUUACGAGGGAUGCUUGUACUUUACUUGGAUUAAGUUUUGAUAGCUUACUGAAUGUCAGUGUUAAUGCUGGUUGUGCAGCUCUCCCUGCACUUUUAAAUAUCAAGCAUGUAAUGACACAGCGGAAAGUAAAUGAUAUUUGGAAAGGAAAAGACGAGUUGCCUAUUGAAAUUGAUUUAGACUCGGAGCAUAGAUAUCAUUCAAUGUUUGCAUGUCCUAUUCUCAGACAACAAAGUUCAGAUACCAAUCCUCCUAUGAGACUUAUUUGUGGCCAUAUUAUAUCCAAAGAUGCUUUACAGAAAUUAGGAACCUCAACUAAAUUAAAGUGCCCAUAUUGCCCAAUGGAACAAAGUUCAUCAGAAGCAAAACACAUAUGUUUUUAGGCAUAUUAACCACCAAUCUUUUGAAUAAAAUUGUAAACUUAUUAUUAUCGUUAUAAGCAAAAUGUAUCGAUUAAAACUUAAGGAUAUACUUUUAAACUUAAUAAUUAUUUCAUUUUGAUUAUUAUUCUACAAAAAAAUAGCAUUAGAUAUCAUUGAAAAGUUUAGCUGGACAACUGUAUAACCUGUAUAAUCAUUUUUCAUAAAAAUAAGUAGACGACAACUUUCUGAUAAUUUUAUACUUAUACUAUGUGCGCAUAAAGAUAAUUAAGUUCAUUUCAUAUCUCUUUAUACUGUAAAAUUAUUACAAGUGCGAACAAUUCUUUAAUUAUAAUAUCCCUAAAAAGAAUAUUUUUGUUCCUAUAAAAAUAUAUUUUAAUUAACACGUUGAGUGCCUCGUAGUAAUUGACAUGCGUUGCCUGUAUAGCAGUGUCAUAUUGGUUAUCAAAUGUGCUGACGUCUGACUUCCGAGUAGCUCUAAAAAAAACCAAUGAAUAACUACAAAUGUAUAUAGAAGCGUUGCCUUGUACUCAAGUAAAAUAUAAAGGCGUAAAGAUGCAUAAUCAGUUUGUCGACACAGUCAAUUAUUGACCUUGGCACUCAGCGUGUUAAAAGUCAUUUUAUAAUAUUUGUUGGAAAUUUCUUAACGUGUUUAAAAUUCAACCAUCGUUGUAUUACAAUAAUAUUAUAAUAAGUGAAUUAUUUUUA